GUUGAGCAGUGAGUACUCGUCUUUUGGUCUUGAGUAUGGUGGCAGUCAGUGCUGGAUUGUUGACUCUACACAUGCUUUGUUGGUGUUUGGCAUCCCAUUGUCUGUUCUUCUUCUUGUCAACUGUUUGUUUCUUGUCAUCAUGAUCUACACAGUGACUGCAAACCACCGAAGGCUAGCUGCUUCAAGAAUGGCAACUGAUGGCAAGACCUACGUUCAACUCUGCAUUAAGCUGAUAGUGGUUACUGGAGCGACUUGGUCUCUCUUCCUUGCUGCCAACUUGAUCGACGUCGUCAUCGUCUGGUACCUAGCCGUCUUUGUCAACUCCCUUCAAGGCGCCCUCGUCGGUUUGACGUUCCUCCUGAAGGACAACGUGAGGGUGCUGUGGUGGCAGCAGUGGAUGAAGAUUACCUGUUCUUGCCGUUGCCGUUUCAUCCGACACACGACGGAUGUCCAACAGCAGUCCGCCACAAACAGUUGUGCUUUGGCAGCUGUAUCAGGGCGAAGCACUAAUUCUGGAUCUGCAGGAGGCAUUGGGGAUGGGGAUUUGCCUUGUGUUGGGCACGUGGACCUUUCCAGGAUCGACACUAAACUCUGAAGUCAUGGAAUUACUUAAUAAAACAACUCGAAUUUGAAAAAGAAAACACGUGCGUGUUCAUGACAUUGCUGUAUUUGCACUUAAUCCCGAAACCGCAUGUUCUCAUCUUAAAGCCAGUUGUGUAUCGUAUUCAAAAAAUCGAUAUGAAAUAUCAGUCGAACAGAGAUUUGAAACUGGGCUAUUGUUUAUGUAAAAUGCUGGAUUUAUCCUCGGUACAAAGAUGUCAGAUAAUCUAUGCCUUCUCGGGCUUUUGCAUUUUAAAACAUCUACGUUUUCCCGGCUAUUCUACUAUUCAAAAUUCAAUAAUAGUCAAAUGUCUCUUAACGUUUUAAAACAGAAAUAGUGGAACGGCAUGCAUUCGUGUAUUGUGAACUAGGUAUAAUGUGUAUGUUGUCUCGAUACGAUUAGGUUUAUAGCAAUGCAUCUGUUUUAAUUAUAAUGUAUGCCUAAUUGAGCUUUUGCAAUUUAAAGCAUCUACGCUUUCCCGGCUAUUUUACGAUUCGAAAUUCACUAAUAAUCAAAUUGUCUCUUAACGUUUUAAAAUAGAAAUAGUUGAACGGCAUGUUUUUGUGUGUUGUAAACUUGGUAUAAUGUGUAUGUUGACUGGAUAGGAUUAGGUUUAUUACAAUGUAUUUGUUUUAUACAGUCAGUAUGUUGUAGUAAUUGUCCAGAAAUUAUUACCAGUAUAUCUUUCUUAGAAAGUUCUUCAGUGGCAUUACAGUGUAACCGUGUAUUGUGGUUAUAUCCAUUAAGUUCUUUAGACCGUUUGGCCUGUGCAAAGAGAUUGCGUUUAGAUUAAGUGCACUACUAGCUCU